CAAGAUUCUGCUACGCCUAAUGGCGGAAACCCCAUUAUACAGGAGAAUUAUGACAUCUGCCAUGGAGCAAGCCCGGAGGUCUGCAGCAGCAAUAUGCUUGCCCGUCAUCCAGGGUAUGCUGCGUUGUUGUAUUGCACACUGGGAUACUUGUAAGAAUACUUCGCAGCAAGCAUAUCCAAAGGAGCUGGAAGAGGCAAUCUGGGUCGCACAACUUGCCGAAAAGACCGGACUUAUCCCUGCGCCUAUCAAUCAGGCCGUUGUGCUCUUUCCAUUGAUCUACUCUAAGGACAUAGGUUUACUACUGGAGCAAUGUUAUUAUAUACUGCUUGUAAGAAAUGCAGAUGUACUCCAGCACCCACAACCGCAGCGACUUCCUCCAUUACCACAGGACAGUCUCGAGGUCCUUCUGAUUACCCGGCUAAUUUUUAAGCACGCUGAACGAACUGUUCAUCUAUUACCUCUGUUUACGACAUAGCCAUCAACAGAUAGAUCACCACUGAACCCUGAAGGGUUGCAUCACAAAUAAAAUUAAAGAGGGAAAGGAGAG